AUGUCGCAAACAGAGUACAAAUUCGAAGGAUGGAUGGGCCUCGACCCCAGCGCCGUGGAGGGCAAGAUGGUCUGGCAGGAGUUUGAGCCCAAGGAGUGGGAAGAGACCGAUGUUGAUAUCAAGGUCACUCACUGCGGUGUCUGCGGGUCAGAUCUGCACACGUUAGGCAGUGGCUGGGGCCCGACCAAAUACCCUUGCUGUGUUGGCCACGAGAUCGUGGGCACCGCCGUCCGCGUCGGCUCCAAGGCCGUCGGCGGUAUCAAGGUCGGGGAUCGUGUCGGCGUUGGUGCUCAGAGCGAUUCCUGCCAGGGCCGGCUGGGAGACUGCCCGGAGUGCGCCAUGGGCUGGGAGCAGUAUUGCCAGAAGAAGCUUGUCGGAACGUACAACAGCAUCCAUGUGAACGGGGGCAAAUCCUACGGCGGAUACUCCCUGUACAACCGCGUGCCAUCUCGCUUCGCCAUCAAGAUCCCCGACUCCAUCCCCUCGGUCGAGGCUGCCCCGAUGCUCUGCGGCGGUGUGACUCUCUACAGCCCGUUGAAGCACAACAACUGCGGGCCCGGAAAACGCGUUGGUAUCAUCGGGGUGGGCGGUCUGGGCCACUUUGGCGUCCUCUUCGCCAAGGCCAUGGGUGCUGACAAAGUCGUUGCCAUCUCCCGCAAGGCCAGUAAGAGCGAUGACUCCCUCAAGAUGGGCGCUGACCUGUACAUCGCCACCGACGAUGAGCCGGACUGGGCCACCAAGUACCGCCGGUCCCUGGACCUGAUCAUCUGCACAGUAUCUUCCAGCAAGAUGCCCAUGACCGACUACCUCAGCCUUCUUGCCGUCAACGGCAACUUCGUGCAAGUCGGUCUGCCGGAGGACGGCACCCUCAUGGCGCCGGUCAAACCCCUGAUGCCUCGCCUGAAGCUCGAGAGCUCGAUGAUCGGCAGCCCCGACGAGAUCCGCGAAAUGUUCGAGCUCGUCGCCGAGAAGAACAUCAAGCCCUGGGUUGAGGAGAUCCCCAUGAAGGAUGCCAACCAGGCGAUCCUCGACAUGCACGCAGGCAAGGCACGCUACCGCUACGUGCUUUCCAACGAACAGUAA